AUGAGAGUAGCAUGUUAUGCUAAGGACUCCAAUCGUCUUGUAGAGGAGUUCAUGUUACUCGCGAAUAUGGCUGUAGCCAGGAAAAUAGAAAGGCACUACAGGAAGACAGCGCUUUUACGAUGUCAUCCUCCGCCGAAAACUAAAGUGCUACGAGAUGCGGUGCUCUCCUUGAUCCUGAUGAAAGCUAUGGAACUUGCUCGAUACUUCUGUACUGGUUCAGUUGACAGUCAAACGAAAUAUCAUCACUACGCUUUGAAUGUGCCUUUGUAA